GUCGAUCUGUACACCCGAAUUUCAGUGAAUUUAGAGAUAGAGCUAGUCGCUUAUCUUCGUUGUACGGGCCACACUUAUUAGAUUUACUUCUUUGACUAUAAGUGUACAUCUUGCACUUGCAAGGCCUCGACAUGACGAGAGAUCAUGAGAUGACAACGGGGGAUGACACAAUCAAUGGCCACAACGAGAGUUGUCCGAGCGAUGAUGCCAAGGGGCCGGGUCCGGGCGCUCCGAUUGCAAUUGUUGGCAUGAGCUGCAAAUUUGGAGGUGAAGCGACAAGCCCGUCUAAGUUAUGGGAUCUUUGUAUGGCUGGUAAAGAUGCUUGGACACCAAUUCCUAAGGAACGCUUCGAUGCCGCUAGUUUGUACGAUAAGCGAAAAGGAAAAUUAGGUCGGCAUUUCGUUGAAGGCGGUCAUUUUCUCAAAGAUAUUUCUUUGUUUGACUCGGCUUUCUUUAAGUAUACCACAGAUGUGGCAAAUGCAAUGGAUCCGCAAAUACGCAUGUUGCUUGAAUCUGUUUACGAAAGCGUGGAGGAUGCUGGCAUCCCAAUUAAGAAACUCGCUGGAACAAACACCUCGGUAUUUGCGGGGAGUUUUAGUACCGAUUAUUCAGAAAUGACCCUACGGGACCCUGAAACCAUGCAACCUUCGUACAAGACUGGUAAUGGCAUUGCCAUGUUGUCAAACCGUAUAUCCCAUUUUUAUGAUUUUCACGGGGCCAGUAUGACCAUAGACGUGGGCUGCUCGACCAGUUUGGUUGCCUUGCACCAGGCCUGUCAGUCCCUACGGUCUGGCGAGUCUGAUGUUUCCAUCGUUGGGUCGUCUCUUGUGUGCCUAUCGCCAGAUAUGUUUAUAGCGAUGUCUAUUGCUGGGGUACUUGGUCCAUCUGGCAAGUGUUUCGCCUGGGACGAACGUGCCGAAGGAUACGGACGUGGUGAAGGAGUAGCAUCUCUCGUCCUCAAACCUCUUGACAACGCCCUACGAGAUGGUGACCGCAUUCACGCCGUAGUUCGAGAGACAGGAUUGAACCAGGACGGCAAGACGCCUACCAUCACCUCACCCUCGAUGGAAGCACAAAUCAACCUCAUCCAGGACGUUUAUCGCCGGGCCGGGCUAGAUCCCAAAGACACAGGUUAUGUUGAAGCACAUAUGACUGGUACACCGACUGGCGAUCCAAUUGAAGCUGAGGCUUUGGCACGAACAUUCGGUUGUGGGCGCGACCUCGAGAAUCCAGUACUGGUUGGUUCGGUGAAGCCAAACAUUGGCCAUACAGAGCCGGUCAGUGGACUCGCCGCCAUCAUAAAGACUAUAUUCGUAUUACAGCAAGGAGUGAUUCCACCGAAUGUGAACUACGAAAAAGCGAGCCAAAAGAUUCCGUUGGCGGAGUGGCGAUUAAAGGUUCCCACAGCUCUUACGUCCUGGCCGGCAGACAAGCCAAGACGGGCAUCAAUCAACAAUUUUGGCUAUGGCGGCACCAAUACCCAUGUCAUUUUAGAGGCACCACCGGUGCCCGAAUAUUCUGAUGAUGACAACAUCUUCAAUACUAGUGAUACUCAACAAAAGGAUAGCUACUCGCGGAUAUACAUAGUCAGUGCCAAGGACUCGUCUUCAGCCCAGCAGAUGAACAAGAACCUGGCAAAAUAUAUUCAGAAAUCUCUCACUCAAGAACCACCGCUUUCUCCCAUCGACCUAGCUUUUACCCUGGCAGAGCGCAAGUCGCGGUUUCCUUGGGCGACAGCCUUGCGUGCCAACGACCUAGCAGGAUUGGCUGAUCGGUUGGAUGAGUCGGAUCGUAAAGCACUACGAGCUAUGAAUAAACCUCGACUAGGAUUUGUGUUCAACGGCCAAGGCGCUCAGUGGUAUGCUAUGGGGCGCGAAUUGAUCGAGCGCUACCCUGUGUUUCGCCGCUCGUUGGCCGUAGCUGACAAGAUCUUGAAAGGUUAUGGAGCGACUUGGUCUUUGCGAGAUGAGCUUCAACGCAGUGAAGAGGCCACACGCGUGCACGAAAUUUGCCUGAGUCAACCGCUAAGUGUAGCACUCCAGCUUUGUCUCAUUGACCUGCUGGCAUCAUGGAAUAUAAUCCCUUCCGCCGUGACAAGUCAUUCCAGUGGUGAGAUUGCCGCUGCGUACGCUGUUGGUGCCUUGACUUUCCGACAAGCUCUCGGGGUUGUUUAUUUUCGUGGAGAACUCGCUCAAAUUCACCAUGAACGCAGCGCUGUAGUCGGUGGUAUGCUGGCUGCGGGUCUGAGUGCUGAAGCAGCCGCCGAAUAUGUGAAAGACACGACAAAAGGGAUUGUAGUUGUGGCGUGCCACAAUAGCCCGAAUAGCGUCACCUUAUCGGGUGAUAUGCUCGCCAUUGACGAAGUGGCUGCACGCCUGACACAGAACGGUAUCUUCGCGCGGAAGCUGAACGUACCUCUGGCGUACCACUCUCAUCAUAUGGUGGCGAUGGCACAAGACUAUACUGAUCGUCUACAGGGGAUCAUUCAACCUAGUACCAGCUGGAAUGGAGUGCUAUUUGCAUCCCCGGUGACAGGAGACAUCGUCACAUCGUCUCACACAUUGAGUGGUGAACAUUUCGUUCAAAAUCUAGUAAGCCCUGUGUUGUUCAGCCAAGCAUUCGAAAGAAUGUGCUUCAGCCCCACGAUGUCGGAUGGAACGCCGCGACCAGCAGGACAAGAAAUGAACGUUGAUGCGGUCGUCGAGAUUGGCGCCCAUGGUACUCUAUCAGGACCUAUUCGUCAAAUUUUAGGUGAUCGCCGCAUUCCCUACGUAUCGUGUCUCAAAAGGUAUAGCCAUGCGGUGGAAACAAUGCAAGAUGCGGCCUGCACGUUGUUAGCUCUGGGAUAUCCUGUAUCGCUAGCUGAUGUAAACUGCCACCAGCAUGGGAAGUAUGUGCCUGGCUUACCCACCUACUCCUGGAACCAUUCUACGCCGCACUGGAUUGAGUCACGCCUCUAUCGCGAGUACCGCCACAAAAGAUUCCGGCCGCAUGAGCUCCUGGGUAGCCCCGUUCCAGGCACGAAUAGACAGACACCUACAUGGCGCAAUUUUCUGCGAUCUAUGGAUAUUGAUUGGUUGGCUGACCACAGACUGGGAACGGAUAUAGUAUUGCCAGGUGCGGGAUACGUCGCUAUGGCCAUAGAAGCGGUACGACUCCUGAGUGACACAAGCGAGGAAACUAUCGCAGGCUACCGUUUACGAGAGAUUGACAUCUUGAAUACACUGACUAUACCGGAAACCACGACGGGUGUUGAGACCCAGCUGAUACUUCGCCCUUGCAACGACAAAGAACUAGACCAUAAGGGCUGGUAUGAAUUCGAAGUUUGGUCUGUUUCUAGCAGUGACGAUACCUGGAUCAAGCACUGCAGUGGUAACAUCACGGCAGAGAUGACCAGCGAUAUUAGAGAGAACGUCACCAGAUUCGCUUCGUCUAUUCCAAGCGUGGACUCAUUCUUUACGGCCGAUGCGCCCAUAAGGGAAGUCGAGACUGCCUCCAUAUUCGCUGGAUUGCGUUCAAUGAACUUGUUCCAUGGCCCUGUUUUUCGGAAUUUGAUUCAAUGUCAAGCCACACCGACGCAAUCCGUCGCAGUCUUCGCCAUAUCACCAGCCGCUGCUGGCAGCGAGCCGACAUAUGUGCUUCACCCUACAACAUUAGAUUCACUAAUUCAAGCGGCAUAUGUGUCGAUACCUGACGGGACACAGCAGCGAGCCAUGGUUGUACCACGCUCGAUACAAAAUCUGUAUGUGCCGCGUGAUCUUAAUCGACAAGCGGGCAAAAAACUUACGGCGUUCGUUGAUCUCAUUCAAGCGGAUCGCAGGGGCGCACUGGUCACCGCAACUGCUAUCAAUGAUACUUGCGAUGGGGCGUUUCAUGCACAGCUGAGACUGGAGGGCCUCUAUUGUCAGGCCUUGCCACUCGAAAUCGAGAACUCUGUAGACAAUCAGGCUUCAGCGCUGUGUUCGCAAACCAGCUGGGAGGUGAGCAUUGAGCCAGGUAUACCAGCGGCCUUCAAAAAAGCACUUCAGAAUCAACUGAAUGAACCAGACCUCAAUUUUGAAAAGAAGCUGGAUCGUGUCUCCUUUAACUUUAUUUCAGAUGCUGUCAAACAAAUUGCCGACUUGAGUAUUGACGUUAAAGUUUGGCCUACAUACCUGCAGCGUUUCUAUAAAUGGAUGCAUACUGUUGUGGCGCUUGGACAGGCGGGUGAACUCGGCCAAGGCAGCCGCGUUUGGUCAAAGACUAACGCUGGAUUGAAGCAGCGUCUGGCUGAUGAUGUGGCGGCUGAGUCUGACGCAGGAAAGCUGAUCGUUCUGAUGGGAGAGCAGCUCCUUGCCAUCCUGCGUGGCGACAUAGACGCCCAGACGCUGCUACAGGCUGACGGCCUCCUCGACCGAUUCCAUGAAUCGCUUCCGCGGCUGCAACAACGCAGUUACUCACAGCUACGUCAAAUAAUCGCACAAUAUGCCACCAAUAAGCCCGGUGCGAGCGUGCUUGAAAUCAACGGGGCAAGUGGAGCAAUUACCGCAGAAGUGCUGAAGGGCUUCGCAGCACGGAAUGAGGAAGGCAGCUCGGGAACCUUAAUCGGUCAAUACGAUUUCACCGACAUCUCACCAGCUAAAUUUGAAACUGUGCAAACGAAGUGUGUACCAUGGGAGGCAUUGGUGGAUUGUAAGAUCCUCGAUAUCAGCACCGAUCCUGCAACGCAGAAUUUUGCAAUGAACAGUUACGACCUGAUGCUUAGCAACAACUUGGCCUUGGCUACACCGGACUUAUCACAGACAUUGAGACAUAUGCGCCAGCUGCUGAAGCCUGGCGGUAAGCUCAUGCUGGUCGAAGCUACCAGACCCAGACUAGACACGUACAUGGUAUUCGGUGGGCUGGCACAGUGGUGGGAGGGCAAAGAUGAUAUUGACUUGAUUACCCCAAUUGAACGCUGGGAUCACGCGCUUCGUAAGCAUGGAUUCUCAGGAGUGGAUUUCGAAGUCAAAGACUGCGAAAAUGCGGAAUUCCAAGCCAACAGUGUCAUCAUGACUACUGCUGUCGAGGAAACAGCGAUUUCGCCAGCCUACCCGAGUGCUAUGUCCAUCGUCUAUGCAAACGGUAUCCCACCAGCAAAGGCAUGGUUGGAUGAGUUGGAAGCGGCCCUGACCGCACAAACUAGCGCAAUCGUGACUGUCGAGCGUCUCGAUGAGGUGCAACCCCAAUCUCAUGUUGUGUACAUCUUCACUCCGGAGAUGCUGGUUCCUUUCCUGCAUGAAAUUGACAGUACCGGGUUUGACCAACUUAAGGCGUUACUGGUCAUAGGGCAAGGUCUUUUGUGGCUGAGCUGCUCUGACACUAUGAAAGCUCAACAACCGAUAUAUUCUCAAUCCACUGGAUUGCUGCGAACCGCAAAGCAGGAAGACGCUACCAAACGCUACAUCUCGCUCGAUUUCGACACCGUGGAGGAAGGUCCAUGGUCAUCUGCCACAAUCCCGCACGUUGUGCAUGUUGUCCGACAAAGCUUCAAUGAGCAUAUCGACGCCACUGACCUCGAAUGGGAGUAUGCAGUGCAGAGUAACGUGCUACAUGUAGCUCGCGUUUAUCCAAGCCCUUCACAGGACCAUGCCUCCAGCGAAAUACCAAUUGACCCAAAGCCGACAGUACAACCGCUCUGGCAGCAAGGCCGUCCUCUAGUCUGGGAGACUGUGCAAACUGUGGGGACAUUGAGCAAUCUCUAUUUUACUGACGACUUAUCUGGUAACAACACAAUGCUCAGAGCAGGCAUGGUAGAGAUCCAGACGCAAGCCAUGGGGCUAAAUUUCCGCGACGUCAUGGUGGCUCUUGGUCAGAUUGAUGAAUCGCGCUACAUGCAUGAUGCGGCCGGGAUUGUCACACGUUUAGGGCCCGCAACGCAGGUCAGCGGACUGAAGGUCGGCGAUCGAGUAUGUGGCGUGCUAGACGGGCGUUUUGCGACACACCCACGCGCCCUGUGGACAAGUCUCACCAAGAUACCUGAUGAUAUGUCCUGGGAAGAGGCAGCUUCCUUACCCAUCAUCUUUCUGACCUCAUUCAUCUGUCUAUUCGAUCUUGGACGUUUGCAGCGCGGAGAACGUGUGUUGAUCCACGCUGGCAGUGGUGGUGUUGGUCAAUCUGCCAUCAUGUUGGCUCAGCACGCUGGAGCAGAAGUCUUUGUGACAUGCAGCAGUGAAAUUAAGCGCGACCUGAUUAUGACACAAUACGGUCUUGAUGCGGAUCAUAUACUCUCCAGUCGUGAUUCAACCUUCGCUACAGCCAUCUUAGAGCGUACUAGAGGCGCCGGAGUUGAUAUCGUAAUCAACUCCCUCUCCGGCCCGCUACUGAAGGCCACUUGGGAAUGUAUGGCCCGGUUUGGUCGGUUCUUUGAGAUUGGAAAAGUUGACAUCGAAGCUUCGCGUCGCCUUGACAUGAACCCCCUAAAACAAUGUGUUCAAAUAUGCGGUUUCGAUUUGAUUCAACACUGCGCGUUCAAUGGGACGGCGGUUCAACGUGCCUGGACAUCUAUCAUGUCGCUUUGGGCUGAUCGAAAUAUACGUGCGGUGAGCCCUGUAAUCACAUAUCCGGUCGCGGAAAUGGAAACAGCCAUGCGACGGAUGCAACGCGGCGCACACAUCGGCAAACUGGUCCUUCUUCCAAACUCGGACACGCAGGUCAAGGUCUUGACACGUACAGCCACAAUAGCCUCUCUUGAUGACCCAAACAGCACGUAUCUGAUAGCGGGCGGUCUUGGUGGUAUCGGCCAUGCUUUAGCAAAGUGGAUGAUGAAUCGUGGAGCUCGACAGAUCGUUAUCGUCUCCCGCCGUGCAGAGUCACAUCCGCAGGCGGCAUCUCUGAUAGAUCUGGGUCAAGUUCUGGGUUGCAAAAUUGUUGUGUGCAAUUGUGACAUUGCUCAGGAGGACCAGCUGGUACAGCUGAUUGCAGAUUGCGCAAAUAACAUGCCUCCAAUCCGCGGUGUAAUUCAGGCGGCAAUGGCGCUGCACGAUACCAUCCUAGAGCGGUUGACUUAUGAGCAGUGGCAGAACAGUAUCAAGCCGAAGGUGGCCGGUAGUUUGCAUCUUCAUCGUCAUCUGCCUGACCUGCGCUUCUUUGUCAUGUUAUCUUCCAUCGCGGGAGUGGUUGGUCAUGCAUCACAGGCCAACUACGCUGCAGGCAACACUUUCCAAGACGCACUGGCGCGUCACCGCACGGCGCAGGGAAUGCCUGCCGUGGCCAUUGACUUAGGCGCUGUUGGCGACGUUGGUGUGGUGGCUGAAUCAGGAGAAAGUAUGCGAGAGCGAGUAGAGCGUAAUCUGGGAUCCAAGGUCAUUCCUAUCGGACGAGUAUUGAGACUGAUUGAGGCUGCAGUAUGUGAACCUCUCCGCUCAAGUCAGGACGCGAGCCAAAUCAUCACGGGAAUCGCCGACUACGAGCAGAUUCCCUCUGGAACAGCUAUCAAGCGUGACCGUCGAUUUUCUACACUUCGAUUGGGCAACGCGGUGGGCGCAACAGCCACUAGCGCCAUGGCAACACGCACACGCAACCCGGACGAGGUGCUCAAGCAGUUAUUGUCGACAGCGGCGCCGGCGAGUAUCGAGGCCGUUACGUUGGUGACAGGUGCCCUAACACAGAAACUAGCGACAUUUUUCAAUAUGGCGGCAGCGGAAAUUGACACAAGCGCGAGUUUGUCAACAUUAGGGGUGGAUUCGCUGGUGGCAGUUGAAUUGCGCAACUGGCUCAGUAGUGUGGUACAGGCGAAGGUCACCAUUUUUGAGAUUCUACAAACAGCAACGAUGAAGGACUUCGCUGGGCUGGUCACAAAGCGUAGUGCAUUGAUCGUCUAA